AUGGUCAAUAAAAUGACGACAAUAGGAAAAGAUUUAACUCAACGUACUCGUCAACUUGAAGACUAUAUUGUUGAUCCACGUUCAUUUAUAUGUGUAGACAGUCUUCUUGAUUCACUUAUUGCAUUAACUUAUGACUCAGAAGGUCUUAAAAAGACAAAAAAUUUCGAUACAUUCUUUUCAAAAUUUAAUGGACCUACGCGAGAUAUUCGUGAACGACGAAUUAAUUUUGAUGAUUUCGAACCAAUUAAAAUUAUUGGUCGUGGUGCUUUUGGCACAGUUGAUCUUGUAAGACGAAAAACAUCUGGACAAGUUUAUGCUAUGAAAACAUUAAGUAAAUUUGAAAUGUUAAAACGUUCGGAUAGUGCUUUCUUUUGGGAAGAACGAAAUAUUAUGGCUUUUUCAAAUAGUGAUUGGAUUGUUAAACUUCAUUAUGCAUUUCAAGAUGCAAAGAAUUUAUAUAUGAUUAUGGAUUAUAUGCCUGGUGGUGAUUUAAUUACAUUACUUGAACGUUAUGAAAUAAGUGAAAGUUCGGCACGUUUUUAUUGUGCUGAAGUUGUACUUGCACUAGAUGCUAUUCAUAAUCUUGGUUAUAUUCAUCGGGAUAUUAAACCUGAUAAUAUGUUACUCGAUGCUCGUGGACAUUUGAAAUUAGCUGAUUUUGGCACAUGUGUUAAAAUGGAUAAAGAUGGUCUUGUUCGAUCUGAUACAGCAGUUGGUACACCAGAUUAUAUAAGUCCGGAAAUUUUAAAAUCACAAAGUACAAUUGGAGUUUAUGGUCGUGAAGUUGAUUGGUGGUCUGUGGGUGUUUUUCUUUAUGAAAUGUUAUUAGGUGAAACACCAUUUUAUGCUGAAUCAUUAGUUGGAACAUAUCAUAAAAUAAUGAAUCAUCGAGAAAAUCUAGCAUUUCCAGAAGAAAUUCCAUUAUCUACGGAAGCUCGUUCUUUAAUAUGUGCUUUUCUUACUGAUCGAUCAAUACGUUUGGCAUCUGUACCUAUUGUUCCAUCAUUAGCCAGUGAUGAAGAUACAACUAAUUUUAAUGAAAUAGAAAAUACGGAUGGUUCACCGGAAGAAACAUUUUCUGUUAGCAAAACAUUUGUCGGAAAUCAACUUUCAUUUAUUGGAUUUUCUUUUUCCAAUGAACAACAACCCUUUCUUGAUCGUCGUUCAAUGAGCACUUUCAAUAAUUUGAAUAAUUCUGAACUUGAACAACGAUUACAAGAAACUGAACGAAUAAAAAAUGAAUUAGAAAUUCGUCUUCGGUAA